CAACCGACAUUCUCCUUCUUAACAACCUGCAACUGAUUGUAUGUUUUACCAUUUACAGACAAACAUGAGAUUCAUAUGAACAACUACCGGCAUCAUCCCAUCUAUUGCAAGGCAUACAUCUCCAUCACUACCGGACCACAUUAACCACCAACUUGAUUACAUCACAUACACACCAAGCAAGCCUUCCCGCACGUUGCCAAUUCAACUGCACUCAACUCGAAAGUCUGCUCAGCACAACUGGCAAUGAUGUAUUGCCUACGCAGUUAUCUUCCCCUCCUCCUCCUUCCGCUUCCAUUGUCGCUGUCGCCGAUUCACCUGAUGCUGUUGCUGGGUAUGACCUAUAUCCUCAAUCGCCCUUGCAUCUACUGUUCCCUGUUACUCAUCAUCCUCUUCGCCUCGUCAUGUCACUGGUCGAAUCGCUGUUUUGUCGAUUUCUCCGGCAUUGACAAUUCAUCCGCACCCCAUGACACUUCGCCCAUGUCGUGGUUGGUUCCUAGGCUGUACACCGCGAGUGUUAGAUCACAGUCUGCGCCGACAAAUGCGGAUCCGAGCGUUCCCACAGGCGAUAUGAGUGCCUUCAUGUCAGAAAUUGUCAACACCACCAUUGCUGGGCUGGCGGGCGCUGUCAAGGAUUCUGCUGUGGUAGUGCUGGACGAGGUCAGACAGAGAGUGGCGGGAAGCAACACCUCAUCAAUACCGGGCGAGUUUGGCGUCGGCACACAAUGGUUGCGCAAUCUUCUGGGUCGGUCUGAAUGGACCUUGCCCUGUGUCAAUAUCAAAAUCGUCCUGUGA